AUGUAAGUAUCAAUCCACGCCAGCAUGAGUAUGUAAGCAAAUCACCACCGUCGCCCGAUUGGCUGUGAACCAAAAUACAUGCCUUUUGUGGGUCUUCGGAAGAUUUUGACAUUUGUGGGUUUAUGACCGCGUUACGGCUUGUCGGCAAUCGAUAACUAAGUGCUGGAUUACGCGCGGAAUGUGUUAAGUAAUAACAAAAAGUGUCGAUACAACGAACGCAGAGCGCUAAAAUGUUCUGUUAGUGAAGGGGAAUGCAAAAGUGUACAGUGCGGGCAAACGUUCACCGAUCUACCAGCACACCCAAACAAUGCUCUCCCGAGGCAACACCGCACCGAUGUUCUUCCGGUUGCUGUCCAAGUUUCCGCAAGGCUUUUCCUUCUGCUUUGCGUACGGAUCCGGCGUAAAGCAGCAGCUGGGCUACGAAUCCGUUCGCUCGAAGCGCAACAUGAUCGAUCUCAUAUACGUGGUAGACAAUGCACACCGCUGGCACACGGCAAAUCUGGACCAAAACUUUGAGCACUAUUCCAGCAUGCGCCUGCUCGGCGGAGGGCUGAUCGCCAAGUACCAGGAAUCGUUCGGUGCUCGGGUGUACUUCAACACGCUCGUGCAAAUUCCCGAGGAAGACGUGAUCAUCAAGUACGGCGUCGUGUCUACGAAGGAUCUGCUCGAAGACCUGACGGAUUGGCGCUGUUUGUAUCUGGCCGGACGGCUGCACAAGCCGGUCGAGAUCAUACGGAACGCAUCCAGCUCAAAAAUUCAGAACGCAAUGGAGCAAAACCUUCGCUCGGCGGUGCAUGCUGCGUUGCUGCUGCUUCCAGAGAAGUUUACCGAGUUUGAGCUGUAUCGGGCAAUUUCAAACCUCAGCUACAGUGGCGACUUUCGGAUGAUUUUUGGCGAGAACAAGGACAAGGUCAAUAAUAUUGUGCGGCCUCAGCUGGAGAACUUUCGCAACCUGUAUUCAGCCACGUUCGAGGAGUUCCGUGGCUGCCUGGAGCUACCGAUCGCUGGGAGCGACAAUCAAAUCUGCACACAGGACCUUGCGGAACCCACGAUUCUGGCUCACCUGAACGGGCUGCCCAAGUGGCCCAUACGUUUGAUCGUCGAGCGGCAGACAAGCGGGCGCUACAGACAGGACACGGAAGACAUACUAAUAGGCGUGUCGCGUGCCACAAACUACCAGUCCAUUGUGGCUUCGUGUCUCCGUUCGAUUGUUUGGUCGAGUAGCGUUUGGCAAUCGAUUAAAAAUAUACCCACGGCCGGGUUUGUCAAAUCCGUACGCUACAGUUGGGCCAAGGCGUUGAAAACAUUUAGCUAGUAGGGCUAGUACGCGACGGGUUCAGUUUCAGGGAUUUAACACUAGUCUAAAUGAACUCAAUAAAGAUUUCAGAUCAUGUGUUAUCAAACUAUUUAGCUCACAAAAA